AUGUUUCGAGCAGGAGCUACGAAUCCGUACGAUGAGAUUGUCGUCAAGACAACGGAUGAGAACCUGACGAGCGAGAACUGGGAGCUCAUACUGAAUCUCUGCGAUAAAGUGCAGGACGAAGGCGAAGCAGGUGCUCGAAAUGUCAUCGCUGCGAUUCUCAAGCGUUUGGCACACCGGAACCCGAAUGUUCAGCUGUAUUCGCUCGCGCUCGUCGAGUCGCUGUCGAAGAACUGUACUAUCGACUUGCACAGAGAGAUUGCGUCGAGAGCAUUCACGCAAGCUCUGGAGAAGCUGAUUACUGACCGUACCUCACAUGAGAAGGUCAAGCAACGGUGUUUGGCACUCAUAGCUAUGUGGGCCGCUGAGUUCGAGAAUGACCCCACGCUUGGUAUAAUGGAGGACAGCUAUAACGGUCUCAAAGCCAAAGGCUACAAAUUCGAAACACCCUCAGAACCUCCCCCGCCCGACGUUGACGAUGAAGUCCGCAGGCGCGAAGAAGAAGAACUGCAACGUGCACUCGAGAUCUCCGUCCAAGAUAAAGGUGGACGUGCCGCCUGGGGCCAAUAUUCCCUCGCCUCUUCCUCCAACGGUGCCGGUGCGUCCAGCUCCCACGCAGGAAGCAGCGGUGCCACUCCCGGUCCCUCUUCCUCCAGCAUGGGCAUGGGCAUGGGGAGCCACAGCACCAGCGUCGAACCAACCUACGUCGGAGGCUACGCUCCCUCUGCCGCUGUCGCCUCUUCCGCCGCAAGACCCACUUCUCCCGCAGUUUCGCCUGCGCCUACUGCGACCAUUCCGUCGUUCGUGAAUGCACCUGUGGCCCAGUCUGCUGCCAGUCCUGUUCCGACGGCGAGUAUGACGGGGGCGGUGGUGACGAGGGUGAGGGCGUUGCAUACGUUUGAGCCGACGGAGCCGGGAGAGUUGGCGUUUGAGAAGGGGGAUGUGAUUAAGGUUGUGGAUAGGGGGUAUAAGGAUUGGUGGAGGGGACAGUUGAAAGGACAUACAGGAAUAUUCCCCGUAAACUAUGUGGAACCUCUUCCGGAGCCUACCCCCGCUGAGCUAGCCGCUGAAGCCCAACAAGAAGCUGCUGUGUUCAUGCAGGCUACGAACGUGGACAGGCUGCUCCAGAUGCUGAGGUCGCUCGAUCCUGCCAGGGACAAUCUGGCAGAUAAUGAGGAGAUCCAGGAGCUUUACAGAUCGAGUAUGGCGCUUAGGCCAAAGAUCGUGAAGUUGAUCGACAAGUACAGCCAAAAGAGAGCCGACCUGGUGGCGAUGAACGAAAGCUUUGUGAAAGCAAGGACAAUCUUCGACCGCAUGAUGGAGGAAUCUCUUGCUAGGCAUUCGGAAUGUACGUCUGCUCCAUCGUCAUCGUCUUUAUUUAUCUCCAUGACCUAA